AUGCCACUGCUACGUCUGAGCCCGCGGGUGCUCCUGAUGCUCUUGCUGCUGCUGGGGGUCAUUCGGGCCGUGGCAGGUGCCACUCGGGCUGGCGGGAGUCGUCAGCCUGUCUUCCGCACCUUCUCGGCCAGCGACUGGGGCCUCACCCACCUGGUGGUCCACGAGCAGACGGGCGAGGUGUACGUGGGCGCGGUGAACCGCAUCUACAAGCUGUCGGGGAACCUGACGCUGCUGCGGGCCCACGUGACAGGCCCCGUGGAGGACAACGAGAAGUGCUACCCACCGCCCAGCGUGCAGUCAUGCCCGCACGGCCUGGGCAGCACCAACAACGUCAACAAGCUGCUGCUUUUGGACUACGCUGCGAACCGCCUGCUCGCCUGUGGCAGCGCCUCCCAGGGCAUCUGCCAGUUCUUGCGGCUGGACGACCUCUUCAAGCUGGGCGAGCCGCACCACCGCAAGGAGCACUACCUGUCGAGCGUGCGCGAGGCGGGCAGCAUGGCGGGUGUGCUCAUUGCCGGGCCGCCGGGCCAGGCCCAGGCCAAGCUGUUUGUGGGCACGCCCAUCGACGGCAAGUCCGAGUACUUCCCCACGCUGUCCAGCCGCCGGCUCAUGGCCAACGAGGAGGACGCGGACAUGUUCAGCUUUGUGUACCAGGAUGAGUUCGUGUCGUCGCAGCUCAAGAUCCCUUCAGACACGCUGUCCAAGUUCCCGGCCUUCGACAUCUACUACGUGUACAGCUUCCGCAGUGAGCAGUUUGUGUACUACCUCACGCUGCAGCUGGACACGCAGCUGACCUCGCCCGAUGCCGCCGGCGAGCACUUCUUCACUUCCAAGAUCGUACGGCUGUGUGUGGAUGACCCAAAGUUCUACUCGUACGUCGAGUUCCCCAUCGGCUGCGAGCAGGCGGGGGUGGAGUACCGCCUGGUGCAGGACGCGUACCUGAGCCGGCCUGGCAGCGCCCUGGCUCGCCAGCUAGGCCUGGCUGACAACGAGGAUGUGCUGUUCACCGUGUUUGCUCAGGGCCAGAAGAACCGCGUGAAGCCGCCCAAGGAGUCGGUGCUGUGCCUGUUCACGCUCAGGGCCAUCAAGGAGAAGAUCAAGGAGCGCAUCCAGUCUUGCUACCGUGGCGAGGGCAAGCUCUCUCUGCCCUGGCUGCUCAACAAGGAGCUGGGCUGCAUCAACUCGCCCCUACAGAUUGACGACGACUUCUGUGGGCAGGACUUCAACCAGCCACUGGGAGGCACGGUCACUAUAGAGGGCACGCCCCUGUUUGUGGACAAGGAGGAUGGCCUGACCGCCGUGGCUGCCUAUGACUACCGGGGCCACACCGUGGUAUUCACUGGCACUCGAAGUGGCCGCAUUCGAAAGAUCCUGGUGGACCUGGCCAACCCUGGCGGCCGGCCAGCCCUGGCCUACGAGAAUGUGGUGGCCCAAGAAGGUAGCCCCAUCCUUCGUGACCUGGUCCUCAGCCCUGACCGCCAGUACCUCUACGCCAUGACGGAAAAGCAGGUGACACGAGUGCCCGUGGAGAGCUGUGUGCAGUACACAUCAUGUGAGCUGUGCCUGGGCUCCCGGGAUCCCCACUGCGGCUGGUGUGUCCUGCAUAGCAUCUGCUCCCGUCGGGAUGCCUGUGAGCGGGCGGAUGAGCCUCAGCGCUUUGCCUCAGACCUGCUGCAGUGCGUGCAGCUGACUGUGCAGCCUCGCAAUGUCUCCGUCACCAUGUCCCAGGUCCCGCUGGUGCUGCAGGCCUGGAAUGUGCCUGACCUCUCCGCCGGUGUCAACUGCUCCUUCGAGGACUUCACUGAGUCUGAGAGCAUUUUGGAGGACGGCCGUAUCCACUGCCACUCGCCGUCCUCGGGGGAGGUGGCGCCCAUCACUCAGGGCCAGGGAGACCAGCGGGUGGUGAAGCUCUACCUGAAGUCUAAGGAGACGGGCAAGAAGUUUGCCUCUGUGGACUUCGUCUUCUACAACUGCAGUGUCCACCAGUCCUGCCUGUCGUGUGUCAAUGGCUCCUUCCCCUGCCACUGGUGCAAAUACCGCCACGUGUGCACACACAAUGCUGCCGACUGCGCCUUCCUGGAGGGCCGCGUCAAUGUGUCUGAGGACUGCCCGCAGAUCCUGCCCUCCACUCAGAUCUACGUGCCAGUGGGCGUGGUAAAGCCCAUCACCCUCACUGCCCGGAACCUGCCACAGCCACAGUCGGGCCAGCGUGGGUACGAGUGCCUCUUUCACAUCCCGGGAAGCCCGGCCCGUGUCAACGCUCUGCGCUUCAACAGCUCCAGCCUGCAAUGCCAGAACUCCUCGUACUCCUACGAGGGCAAUGACAUCAGCGACCUGCCUGUGAACCUGUCGGUGGUGUGGAACGGCAACUUUAUCAUCGAUAACCCUCAGAACAUUCAGGCCCACCUCUACAAGUGCCCGGCCCUGCGGGAGAGCUGUGGCCUCUGCCUCAAAGCUGACCCUCGCUUCGAGUGCGGCUGGUGCGUGGCUGAGCGCCGCUGCUCCCUGCGUCCCCACUGCCCCGCUGACGUGCCUGCUGCCUGGAUGCAUGCCCGCCACGGCAGCAGCCGUUGCACCGACCCCAAGAUCCACAAGCUGUCACCAGAGACAGGCCCACGGCAGGGAGGCACCAGGCUCACAAUCACGGGUGAGAACCUGGGCCUGCGCUUCGAAGACGUGCGGCUGGGCGUGCGAGUGGGCAAGGUGCUGUGCAGCCCCGUGGAGAGCGAGUACAUCAGCGCCGAGCAGAUCGUCUGCGAGAUCGGCGAUGCCAGCACGGUGCGGGCCCACGACGCCCUGGUGGAGGUGUGCGUGCGGGACUGUUCCCCCCAGUUCCGGGCCCUGUCGCCUAAACGCUUCACCUUCGUGACUCCAACCUUCUACCGCGUGAGUCCUGCCCGGGGGCCUCUUUCGGGGGGCACCUGGAUUGGCAUCGAGGGCAGCCACCUCAAUGCAGGCAGUGAUGUGGCUGUGUCUGUUGGCGGCCGGCCCUGCUCCUUCUCCUGGAGGAGUUCCCGGGAGAUCCGGUGUCAGACACCCCCCGGGCAGAGCCCUGGCAGCGCCCCCAUUGUCAUCAACAUCAACCGUGCUCAGCUUACCAACCCUGAGGUGAAGUACAACUACACCGAGGACCCCACCAUCCUGAAGAUUGAUCCCGAGUGGAGCAUCAACAGUGGAGGGACCCUCCUAACAGUUACAGGCACCAACCUGGCCACUGUCCGAGAACCCCGCAUCCGGGCCAAGUACGGAGGCGUCGAAAGGGAGAACAACUGCCUGGUGUACAACGACACCACCAUGGUGUGCCUGGCCCCAUCGGUGGACAACCCUUCCCGCAGCCCGGCCGAGCAGGGGGAGCGGCCUCAAGAGCUGGGCUUUGUCAUGGAUGACGUGCGUGCCCUGCUUGUGCUCAACUCCUCCUCCUUCCUCUACUUUCCCGACCCCGUGCUGGAGCCACUUAGCCCCACGGGCCUCCUGGAGCUGAAGCCUGGCUCCCCACUUAUUCUCAAGGGCCGAAAUCUCUUACCACCUGCACCUGGCAACUCAAGGCUCAACUACACGGUGCUCAUCGGCUCCACGCCCUGCAUCCUCACAGUGUCGGAGACGCAGCUCCUCUGCGAGUCACCCAACCUCACGGGGCAGCACAAGGUCACGGUUCGGGCUGGUGGCUUCGAGUUCUCCCCGGGCAUGCUGCAGAUGUACUCAGACAGCCUGCUGACCCUGCCCGCCAUCGUGGGUAUCGGCGGGGGUGGGGGCCUCCUGCUGCUUGUCAUCGUGGCGGUGCUCAUUGCCUACAAGCGCAAAUCUCGCGAUGCUGACCGCACCCUCAAGCGGCUGCAGCUCCAGAUGGACAACCUGGAGUCCCGUGUGGCCCUCGAAUGCAAGGAAGCCUUUGCAGAGCUGCAGACGGAUAUCCACGAGCUGACCAAUGACCUGGAUGGUGCUGGCAUCCCCUUCCUCGACUACAGGACAUAUGCCAUGCGGGUGCUCUUCCCCGGCAUUGAGGACCACCCCGUGCUCAAGGAGAUGGAGGUACAGGCCAAUGUGGAGAAAUCACUGACACUGUUUGGGCAGCUGCUGACCAAGAAGCACUUCCUGUUAACCUUUAUCCGCACGCUGGAGGCCCAGCGCAGCUUCUCCAUGCGCGACCGUGGGAAUGUGGCCUCGCUUAUCAUGACGGCUCUGCAGGGCGAGAUGGAGUAUGCCACGGGCGUGCUCAAGCAGCUGCUGUCUGACCUCAUUGAGAAGAACCUCGAGAGCAAGAACCACCCCAAGCUGCUGUUGCGGCGGACUGAGUCAGUAGCAGAGAAGAUGCUGACCAACUGGUUCACCUUCCUUUUGUACAAAUUCCUCAAGGAGUGCGCAGGGGAGCCUCUGUUUAUGCUGUACUGCGCCAUCAAGCAGCAGAUGGAGAAGGGCCCCAUCGACGCUAUCACUGGUGAGGCGCGCUACUCCCUGAGUGAGGACAAGCUGAUCCGGCAGCAGAUCGACUACAAGAUGCUGACCCUGAACUGUGUGAACCCUGAGAACGAGAACGCACCUGAGGUGCCGGUGAAGGGACUGAACUGCGACACAGUGACGCAGGUCAAGGAGAAGCUGCUGGACGCUGUGUACAAGGGUGUGCCUUACUCCCAGCGGCCCAAGACGGGGGACAUGGACCUGGAGUGGCGCCAGGGCCGCAUGGCGCGAAUCAUCCUGCAGGAUGAGGAUGUCACCACCAAGAUUGACAACGACUGGAAGAGGCUGAAUACUCUGGCUCAUUAUCAGGUGACGGAUGGGUCCUCGGUGGCUCUGGUGCCCAAACAGACGUCUGCCUACAACAUCUCCAACUCGUCCACCUUCACUAAGUCCCUGAGCAGAUACGAGAGCAUGCUACGCACAGCCAGCAGCCCCGACAGCCUGCGCUCACGCACACCCAUGAUCACACCUGACCUGGAGAGCGGCACCAAGCUGUGGCACCUGGUGAAGAACCACGACCACUUGGACCAGCGAGAGGGUGACCGUGGCAGCAAGAUGGUCUCAGAGAUCUACCUGACGCGGUUGCUGGCCACCAAGGGCACGCUGCAGAAGUUUGUGGAUGACCUGUUUGAGACCAUCUUUAGCACAGCACACCGGGGCUCAGCCCUGCCGCUGGCCAUCAAGUAUAUGUUCGACUUCUUGGACGAGCAGGCUGAUCAGCACCAGAUACACGACUCAGAUGUGCGCCACACCUGGAAGAGCAACUGCCUGCCCCUGCGCUUCUGGGUGAACGUGAUCAAGAACCCACAGUUCGUGUUCGACAUCCACAAGAGCAGCAUCACGGACGCCUGCCUGUCGGUGGUGGCCCAGACCUUCAUGGACUCCUGCUCCACCUCUGAGCAUAAGCUGGGCAAGGAUUCGCCUUCCAACAAACUGCUCUACGCCAAGGACAUCCCCAAUUAUAAGAGCUGGGUGGAGAGGUACUAUGCUGAUAUUGCCAAGAUGCCUGCCAUCAGCGACCAGGACAUGAGUGCAUACUUGGCCGAGCAGUCGCGACUACACCUGAGCCAGUUCAACAGCAUGAGCGCCUUGCAUGAGAUCUACUCCUACAUCACCAAGUAUAAGGAUGAGAUCCUGAUGGCCCUGGAGAAGGACGAGCAGGCUCGCCGGCAGCGGCUCCGGAGCAAGCUGGAGCAGGUGGUGGACACGAUGGCCCUGAGCAGCUGA